GGGAUGUCCUGUUUUGUUGGUAGCCCUUGAAUGCAGCUUGAACAGGGACGAGAGUGAAAGUAAAAGUUAGUUUUUGCUUCACCUACCAGGUGUAGUCUACUUUGCCUUUAAUCCUUAACAUUUAUUAUUGUGGGUAAAGGACCAAAAGGCGCCAGGCAGGAAGAGGCUGAGGCAAGGACAGCAUCCUGAGUCUCCUGAGUCUCCAUCUUCUGUGAAGGUGUGCAAGACGCACUGGCUUCCUUCCUCCCCACCUGUGAUGUUAGGCAUGUGGCCUAAACCUGUCUGAUUGAGCCCUUAGAACCGUCAAACCUAUGGACAUCAAAGGCCAGUGUUGGACCGACGAGGAGUCGGACGGGGAGAACGAGCCAGAGCAAUUCCUGUAUGGCAUCCAGGGGAGCUGCACCGCUGAUCUCUACCGUCAUCCUCAGCUCGAUGCAGAUAUCGAGGCAGUAAAAGACAUCUACACUGACAGUGCUAUCGCCGUCAGGGAGUAUGGCAUCAUUGACGACGUCGACAUCGAGCUUCAUAUUAACAUUGGCUUCCUCGAUGAGGAGGUUGCGACAGCUUGGAAAGUAAUCAGAACAGAGCCCAUUAUUCUGAGACUACGCUUUUCUCUUUCUCAGUACCUCGAUGGGCCCGAGCCAUCAGUUGAUGUGUUCCAACCCUCAAAUAAAGAAGGAUUCAGCCUUGGCUUGCAACUCAAAAAGAUCCUGAGCACAUUCACGUCCCAGCAGUGGAAGCAUCUCAGUAAUGAGUUCCUUAAGGCCCAGCAGGAGAAGAGGCACAGCUGGUUCAAAGCCGGCGGAACCAUCAAAAAGUUUCGUGCCGGGCUCAGCAUCUUCUCUCCAAUCCCCAAGUCUCCAAGUUUCCCUUUGAUCCAAGACACUGUCCUGAAAGGGAAGCUGAGCGUCCCUGAACUCCGUGUGACCCGCCUCAUGAAUCGAUCCAUCUCAUGUACCAUGAAGAACCCGAAAGGGGAGCUCUUCAGCUAUCCACCAAACAGCCAGACCGUGGCGGUCCCAGCGGCCAGGGCCCCAGCACAGAUCACCACGAGGCAGCUGAUUGAAUUAUUUUUCUCAUCCCAGGCGGGCGGACACUGCAAGAACAUUCCCACACUGGAGUAUGGCUUUUUAGUGCAGAUAAUGAAGUACUCCGAGCAGAGGAUCCCCACGCUCAAUGAGUAUUGUGUGGUCUGCGACGAGCAGCACGUCUUUCAGAACGGAUCCAUGCUGAAGCCGGCUGUGUGCACAAGGGAGCUGUGCGUAUUCUCUUUCUACACGCUGGGUGUGAUGUCGGGGGCGGCAGAGGAAGUGGCCACCGGUGCUGAGGUCGUCGAUCUCCUUGUGGCGAUGUGCCGAGCUGCGCUUGAGUCUCCCCGCAAGAGCAUCAUCUUUGAGCCCUACCCUUCCGUCGUGGACCCCAAUGACCCCAAGACUUUGGCCUUCAACCCAAAGGAGAAGAAGAAUUAUGAGAGGCUGCAGAAAGCACUGGACAGUGUCAUGUCCAUACGGGAAAUGACCCAGGGCUCGUAUUUGGAGAUCAAGAAGCAGAUGGACAAACUGGAUCCUUUGGCCCAUCCCCUGCUACAGUGGAUUAUUUCCAGUAAUAGAUCUCACAUUGUCAAGUUGCCUCUUAGUAGGCAACUGAAAUUCAUGCACACCUCCCACCAGUUCCUGCUGCUCAGCAGCCCUCCAGCCAAAGAGGCCCGUUUCCGCACUGCCAAAAAGCUUUACGGCAGUACCUUCGCCUUCCAUGGUUCCCAUAUAGAGAACUGGCACUCUGUUCUGAGAAAUGGACUAGUCAAUGCCUCUUAUACCAAACUGCAGCUGCACGGGGCCGCAUAUGGAAAGGGCAUCUAUCUCAGCCCCAUCUCCAGCAUAUCUUUUGGAUACUCAGGAAUGGGGAAGGGACAACACCGCAUGCCCACCAAAGAUGAGCUGGUGCAGCGUUACAACCGCAUGAAUACCAUUCCACAGUUUUGUUGUUUCAAGCAGAGUCGUCCAAUCCAAUCGAGAUUUCUGCAAAGUCGAAAUCUGAACUGCAUAGCACUUUGUGAAGUGAUCACAUCCAAGGAUCUGCAAAAGCACGGCAACAUUUGGGUGUGUCCUGUGUCGGACCAUGUUUGUACUCGCUUCUUUUUUGUGUAUGAGGACGGCCAAGUGGGAGACGCCAACAUCAACACGCAGGAGCCGAAGGUGCAGAAGGAGAUCAUGCGCGUGAUCGGGACCUAGGUCUGCAUUUCCAGGCUGAUGCGAGGAGACUUUUUGCAAGCGGGGCCACACUUCAUGUAAAGUAGAUCCAUGCGUCACCUUGGGCAGAGGUGCGCAAAGCAGGCGGUCCAAAAAAAAAAAAAAAAAAAGAGCAGGUGAAUGUUUUUGAGGAGGCGAGGUAUUGGGAGGACAUUAUCAUGUUCUUUCACGGGACUAACUUCCUCUCUUGCGGACACUUUUAACCAUAAACAUGUUUACUGUAUGGAAAAAAUUGUCACUGGCAUGGCUUUUCCAUAGUUACAUUAUGCUUCAUGUAUUUUCUUGCUUUUUUUUUUUUUCAUUCAAUAUUCCAGUGAUUGCUACAUCCAUUUGUGGAUCCUCUUUUAACGGAUGUAAAGGCACACUGUCGUUCAUCCCCUUAUUGUGGGGUUGGGGAAAUGUUUGAUAGUCCUCCAACGGCCUUAAAAAUAUAAUGCAAAACAAAUGAAUAUUAUGAAACAUUUUGGGCUUUUUUUUCCGACUACAUCGGGCGCUCUCAUAUGCAGCCCAGGCCUCGUAGAUUCCCCACCCCUGCGAGACAAAGUGGCACUUUUUUCUUUUUUUUUUUUGGGAUAUUGAAUAUUGUUUGAGUAAUGGCAUCAAUUAUGCCUGUACAAUUGAUAUCUAAAGGGAAAGCACAGCUCUGUAAUUUUGUCCUUGGCCAAUAGAAUUCAUUUGCAAGAAUUCAAUAAGGGUGGGUUUGAACUACACUAAAGGCACUUUGAUAUGUUGACAUUUAUUAAUAGUUUUAAUAUGUUCUCAUGAUGAACAGCUAAUAAUUCUACGAGGUAAAUGUCCUUUGUGUCAUUAUGGGAAACCAAAAUACUGGAGUAAAAAAAAUAUUUCUUGGUUUCCACGUAUCACGAUUGUCUAUUUUUUAAAAUUUAUUUAAUUUUUUAUAUGGCAGAAAUGAUUUCCUGUCGUCAUACUAAACAGUACAUAUUUGACACAAAACUAGCCAGCCAUAUUACCAAAUUGCUGGUAAAAAAAUUUUCUUUCCCCACCCCCCUCAAAGAUCAAUUGGUUAUACUUGCAAUCAAAUGAAUGAACGACAAGAUUAUGUACCAAACAGCACCUUAGAUUUAUGUACUUAUUUUCUGUGAUUGCAUAAUUUUGCAUUUGUGGGCAUCACUUCACUUGAGAGAAAAUACCACAAAUUAAUUUGCAUUAGAUCCAUUAAAUACACAUUAUUAGCAAAUCCUUGUAUAGCUAAUCUGGUUUAUCAGUCGUAUGUAUGUAUGGGCUGGUAUUUUCUCUGCAUCAUAUGAGACAUUGCACUUACUCAACGCUUGCCUAAAAUGAUGUGUCCUGGAGGAAAAUGGGGGGGGGGGGGGGGGUACAUUGGGAACCUGUGAUAUCUUUGUCUGUACAGAGACUGGCUGUAAAUACGGAUGAAAUAUAAUGAGAAAAGAACGGACGCCUUUUUUUGGGGGGCUUAGUUGCGAAUUUGAACGUUUACUCUCUCUCUGUCGAAAGUAUUCAAGAAGAUGAUAGACAGCGAUGUAAAGUGGGAUAAAAUAAAAUAAAAUCCUGGUUUUGCACACUUUUA